AAGGAUGGACAUAUUUGGUUGUUUCUAACAUUUUGUUGCUGAAAAAAUCAAACCGUUUCCCACCGUACUGUGCUUGUCCAACUACUGAAGCCUGAAGCCCCGUCUGAAUUCUGAAAUGCGGAAAAUGUUUCAUUGUUCCCGAAGAAAUUGAAUAUCAGAGUUCUGACGGAUUUUGAUAGAACUCAUUGUUCCAGUGUUGAAGCUGAUCUGUUCAUGAGUUAAUCGAUCUAACUAUCAUGAUUUCAUAUACAUAAACUGAUAAACACUUCAAUCGGCCUUAAGCAAAACUGUUUCCUUUCAAGAACACUUGCACGCGGACAACUACCGACCAACUCCAAGAACUGAGCGGCAAAUCUUGCACGGCAGAGUAAAGAAGUACUUACCGCACCAGUGCAGGCUGCAGCAAGCACCAUGGCUGCCCCAGGCCCGCAGGAGCAGGGCCGCCGGCCGCGCCCGCUUCCCACUUCGCCGUCACGGCGUGUGUGCGCGUCAGUCCCUCACGGAGGAGAGGAGCUCUGGAUCCCGCCGGGCGCCAUGGACAGGAGCUGGACAAGCGAGCAGAUGGGGAACGGUGGCGAGAAGAUAGAACGCGAGCCGGGAGACGAAUUUUCUGUGCCCCGGGAACGACGAGGAUUUUUCUGGGCUCGUGGCUCGAAAAGCACGCGUUUAAUUGGGUCUGAUCUGAUCUGUAUCCAAAGGAGCCCUAUAAGUACUCGUCUUUCCCCCGUGGUGCUGAACCGAUAGAUAGCGCCGACCGCCGCCAUGGCCGGCAAGUUCCCGUCGGAUCACCUCAGCGCUGCCCUCCUCCGGGAGACGGACCCGGCCGCCGCGCUCCGCCUCUUCCUUAACCCGACGAACGCCACGCCUUCCUCCUCCCCAUUCCGCUACUCCCUCCGCUGCUACGACAUCAUCAUCUCCAAGCUCGCCGCCGCGCGCCUCUUCCCCGACAUGGAGUCCAUCCUCUCCGGCCUCCCAUCCGCUGUCCCCUCCUCCGGUACUGGGACUCGAGAGCACGUCCUCUGCCAAGUCAUCUCCGCCUACGGCCGCGCCCGCCUCCCCGCCGCCGCGCGCCGCGCCUUCGCUCACCCGGCCUUCCCCGAGCCCCGCACCGCCCACGCCGUCAACACCCUCCUCACCGCCCUGCUCGCCUGCCGCUCCCCGCUGCGCGACCUCCUUGCAGUCUGCCGCGACACUGGUAUCUCACCCAAUGAGGGCACCUAUAACAUCCUCAUGCGAUCGGCGGCAGCGUCGGGCUCCCUGGAGCACGUGCGCCACCUGUUCGACGAAAUGCUGCUUCUGGGAGUGUCGCCCACUGUCGCCACGUUCGGCAUCAUGGUCGCUGCACUGUGCGACGCUGACAAACUGGAACAAGCAUUCGAGGUGAAGGAGGCCAUGGUUAGGCGGUACAACGUGCCGCCAAAUGCUGCUGUGUAUGCCAGUCUCAUCAAGGGGCUCUGCGGGAGGCGGAAGGUAGAUGCUGCAAUGAGGCUCAAGGAUGAGAUAGCCGGGAAAGCAGAACUUGUGCGAGGUUCAGUUGUUUAUGGUACGCUUGUGCGGGCAUUGUUCCAGGUAGGGCGCAAAGAUGAGGUUGUUGGAUUGCUGAAGGAGAUGAAAGAGAGGAAGAUCGCGCCUCAUAGGGUGGUGUUCAAUGCCAUGAUUGCCGGUUUGUGUGAGGAUGAGAGAGAUCCUGGUGCUGCAUUGGCUGUGCUUGAUGACAUGCAGAAGAAGCACGGGUGCAAGCCAGAUGGGGUGAGCUAUAGUACUUUGGUUGCGGGUCUGUGCAAGCUGGGGAAGUGGCGGGAAGCGACUGAAUUAGUCAAGGGCAUGCCAAGGCGGGACUUCCCUCCGGAUGUGGUGACCUACAGAAUGCUCUUUGAUGGGCUGUGUGCUGCUGGUGAGUUUCAUGAGGCAAACAAGGUUUUGGGUGACAUGCUUGUGAAGGGUUUUGCACCAAGAAUGGAUGGCGCAAGGAAGCUUGUUGAGGGGGUUGAGAAGGAAGGAGAUGCAGCGUUGCUGGAGUUGGUGUUGUGCAGACUGACGAAGGUGAAUGCUCUGGAGUCAGGUGGAUGGGAGAAAGCUGUAGGUGGUGUGUUCAAUGAUCGUGAAAAGUUGAGGUUACAGAAGCAGCUAGAUUCUAUAAGGUAUACUUAAAUUGGAUAUCUUUGUGGAUUUAAUCCAUAGUGAUUAGUACUAGACAAAAAAAAUAAUUUCAAAUUGCUGGCUGAUUUGAAUUUGGAUCUCUGGAUCACUAGGAAAUUCUUAACUAUAAAUAUAUAUAUAUAUAUUUGGUCA